GGAGAUUCAUUCUUCUUUAGCAGUCAAAGCAGAAAGGAACUUAGUAGCCAUGUCUGGACGCGGCAAGCAAGGCGGCAAAGCGAGGGCCAAGGCCAAGACCCGAUCUUCCAGAGCCGGGCUGCAGUUCCCCGUGGGCCGCGUCCACCGUCUCCUCCGGAAGGGCAACUACGCCGAGCGGGUCGGAGCCGGGGCGCCGGUGUACAUGGCGGCGGUGCUGGAGUACCUGACGGCUGAGAUCCUGGAGUUGGCGGGAAACGCAGCCCGGGACAACAAGAAGACCCGCAUCAUCCCGCGCCACUUGCAGCUGGCCAUCCGCAACGACGAGGAGCUGAACAAGCUGCUGGGCAGAGUCACCAUCGCCCAGGGAGGCGUCCUGCCCAACAUCCAGGCCGUGCUCCUCCCCAAGAAGACCGAGAGCCACAAGGCCAAGGCCAAGUAGAGCCCAGAAGUCUGCUUCAAACACUUGCUGGACUUGGAAUCUGAUUCAAAACCCCAAAAGGCUCUUUUCAGAGCCAACCACAAAGUCAUGAAAGAGUUGCUUAACACUGCUUCUCACAAUUUGUGAUUAUAGUUACCAGGCAUGGGCAGGUGUUUUGGACUCCAACUCCCA